AUGGCAUCACUCAAUCACGAGAUGAUUUACGACGAAAAUGCGCGUCCCAAAUGUAUGAGCCCAUUCAAGAUUGAAGCUCACGAUUAUCUGUCUCAAUGCAGCAAUACCAUCAACUCGGCUGAGGAGUUCAGGUCGCGUGAUAUUCUUUGCUUGAAUCGUAGUACUCGUGAAAAGACCGAUAGAACAGAUGUUAUUUCGCUUCAUAUAGCAAACUCAGUCUCUCCAAUACAGCCUUCUGUCAAUGAUAAAGUUCCUACGGCAGCCAUUCCAUCAGGGAAGCGUGAUAGAUUAUGGGUCAUUGCUCGCAUCGAGGAUAUUUUCGAGCAGCAAUUGGCCGCCAUUGUUGCAAACAAGAACCAUCUUGAGAUUGACGUCAGUAUGCGACCAAGGUCUGAAAGCGAUAACGCACCAGCUUCGCGCCGUUUCAGAUUUCCUGGAAGGUCUGAGAAAGAUGCGUGGCGAUACACUGUCAUCAUCCGCAUUCUUGAGCUGUUACAUGACGCGCUCGUAACAGAUACAAUCAUCACGAAGAGAGAUAUAUACUACCGGGAUCCUACACUUUUUUCGAAGCAGGCUGUUGUUGAUCGAUUCAUUGAUGAUCUCGCUUACACGUUUGGCGUCUCUAGACUGCUUUUAAACGUCACAGCAACGGCGAAAGGGCUCGUUGCCGGCAACUUUUCGAUACACAGGAGCAACAGGGCUGUAGCAAAUGGCAAGUUCGAGCGUGAGGGUAUGCUGAUCUCAACAUUGAAAGAGGAUGAUCUUAUUGUCGUUGACUUCGCCCGGUGGGUUCUAGUAGUUGAGAAAGAGGCAACCUUCCGCUCUCUCGUUUCCUCGCCAUUCUGGGCUCGUCUGUCUUCACAUGGUUUGCUCGUAACGGGAAAAGGAUACCCAGAUCUUGCGACACGUCUGCUUCUUCGUUCAAUCUGGUGUGGCUCCAGGCGCAAUCACUGUACAGAGCUAUCAAUAUAUGGGCUCAUGGACUACGAUCCUGACGGUAUGGAAAUCAUUUCCACUUACAAGCAUGGCUCUAUCGCGUUGUCUCACGAGAAAUCUGGCCUUGAGCUGCCCUCCAUUCAAUGGCUGGGCCUCAACAGUCGGCAAAUAGGGCUUCUAAGGAACGUUCACGAGAGUCGGGGACUGCUGAGGCUCACUGAACGAGACAGACGCAAAGCAACGCAAAUGCUUCAUCGCAAGGUGUUUACAGAUAUUGAGACUGAGUGGAGACGAGAGCUCCAGGUCAUGUUAUUUCUGAACAUGAAGGCAGAGAUACAAUUGUUGGAGAGUUUGCCUGGCGGGCUGGCGGAGUGGUUGAGUGCCCACGAAAUAUGCUGA